AUGGCAAACAUCAGCCUUCUCUACUUUCUCUUUCUAGUCGGAGUAGAAUUUGACAUUGUAGUGAUCUGGUACAUUAACUGGAAAGCCAUCUUAAUUGCAACCGUUGGCGUGAUUCUCCCAUCCCUUAUUGGAAUCUCAUUCUCCUUACUUUUACAUCAAAGAACUCAAUUCUUCAAACAAGGCACUUUCAUAUUGUUCCUUAGAGUAGCCCUCUUUGUCACAACAUUUCCAAUGUUUUCAAGAAUUUUGGUGGAGCUCAAGUUUAUUAACACAGAGCUUGGCCAGAUCGUCAUGUCAUCAGCCCUGGUGAACGAUAUACGUGUAUGGAUUCUACUAGCAGUGGCUAUCGCGUUAGCCGAAAAUGAGAGUGUAAAUUUAGCUACUCUUUGA